UUGAAUGUGUGAGGUUAAUCUUGUAGAAAAACAUCAGUAUUUACUGUAACAGUUAUUUGUUGUAUAACUUGUAGUUUAGUAUGUUUUUAUAUUAUGUUUAUUUUUUUUAUAAAGGCAUAUGGAAUAUUUAUAUAUAUGUAUAUAUUGUACCGCGAUCAUUAAUUUGACUACUACUUACGACACUAAAAGUACUGAUAGGUGUUAUAAUACAUAUAUAAUAUGUGAUCCUGUUUGAAAAAAUACAGCUUGGUGUAGUUUAUUUAAAGGAGAGAUCAAAGUCAAUUAGAACGUUCGCUGGACUAUAAAGUGACGUUUAGCAUCAGUUGGGUCAUUUCACCUGUGAAGCUCAGCAAGAAACACACGGAGAAACGUCUGGACAGAAAAUCUAACUUUCUUCACUUAAAUCUCAAAGACUCAGCUGAUGAUAAUGGAUUUUAACGCUCAUGUCUACGGGUUUGUGGAGAAUACGGAGAUGUACGAUGAGCUGGAGGCGACCUGGGCGAUUGUAAGGGCGAUCUGUGGAGAGAUGAGUGACCCUACACAUCCUCAGGCCAUCCCGGUUGAUGACUGGCUUUACUCCCUGGACGAGACCCCUGCUGAAUACGCCCCCCUGGUGGCUACAAGCCUCACCUCGGAGCAGCUGCUGGAGGAUCUACGCGCUGACCUGGUCGCUCCACUGAUUUACCAGCAGCAGAGCUUCCUGCAGCCGAGCCCCAUGCACUGCCAGACACAGUUUGACAAUCAGCCAACAGUGACUCAAACUAAACACCUGGAGGUGAAGCUGAGACCUAUUGGAGUAUUAUAUGGAAAGGUGAUUUACGGGGCUCCAGGAGACAAAGUUCCUCCUCCAGUGAACGUCUGCGUUCCACAAAAGAGAAAGCGUGUGAUCGAGGAGGAUGACGACACGCAGUACGUCAAGAAGCCGCCCAACGCCUUCAUGCUGUACAGGAAGGAGCAGAGGCCGAAGGUUUUGGCCGAACUCAGAAACUCUGACUCUGCGGCCGUCAACACCAUCAUUGGACAGAUGUGGAAGGCGCUCUCUAAAAAGCAGCAGGAGAAAUAUUGUGAAGAAUAUAGGAGGCUGAAGCGGAUCCACAACCAGCUGUACCCUGACUGGUCAACAAGGGACAAUUAUGGAAAAAAGAGGAAGAGGAGCCCGAGGAAAGCUUCAGCUAAGACUGUCAAUGGGGUCUCUCCAGGAAGUGGCCGUCCUCCCCGCUUUGCUCCUUCAUGGAGAAAUCCACGGAACAAGUCAUACGGAGCAGUUUGAGCCUCCUCCCCUCACAGCACAUCUGCAGCUGUGCUCCUCUCCACUGACUCUUGCUCUUUGUUUUGAUUUUACUCCACUUUUAUACAAUUUACCUUGUGACUGUCAAUGAAUCUCAGUCACUCUUGGUGUUUUUUAAAGUUGUUUAUAUUUUACAAUUAAUUUUUUUAUAAUGUUUACCUCUAAGAUUGUACAUAUCAUGGUUUUUAUCUAUAUUGGUGUUGUUCUACUUAUUAUUAUUGUAAAGCACUUUGGCUCCACUCAUGUUGUUUUUAAUAUCUGCACGUAUAAAUAAUAAAAUUAAAUGAUUCCUCUAA